CUAAGAGAUGGCUCAGAAUCCGAAGGAUUAAUAUAUAAAGUUUCGCCCGAUUUUGAAAAGUUGUCGAAAGUAGACACAAACCAAUCGGUGAUCGGAACCAUCGUUACGCAAAGGGCUGACACAAACCAAUCCGUGGAUUUCUAUUCCCGAUUCUUCCCACCAAAUAUGGGCGUCAAUGAAGACCCGGUUUGCGGUUCGGCUCAUACAGUGCUUAUGCCGUAUUGGAAAAGAUAUUUCAAUAGAUUGGGUGAUAAUCGCGAAGAAUUCAUUGCCAAACAGUGUUCACAGAGAGGAGGGAUUCUUAAAUGUAAAAUAGUUGCGAAUAGAUUUGAGUUGGUCACACUACCAAUAUCUGGCACUUUAAUCAUAAAGUUAAACUUAACCAUUGGUUCAAACAAUGAAUUUCCCGAUUUAUAUCGUCGAUGCGUUCACUUUAAACGGCCGGCCUUUCACUGGAAACGGAGCCGGCGUUUGUAUCCUCGAGAUGACAUAUCGGAUGAAGUAAAGCAAAAGAUUGCGUCCGAAAUCAAUUUAAGCGAAACUGCAUUUGUGUCCAAAGGAUGGGAUAAGAGUCAGAAAUUGGAGGAAAACACUUACACAUUGAGAUGGUUUACACCAACGGUUGAAGCGCCCAUCUGUGGUCACGCAACUCAGGCCAGCGCUGCCGUACUUUUCAAACAAUUUCUGAACAGUUCAACAAAAGUUUGGUUUAUAACUAAAUUCAAGGGAACAUUUGAAGCGGUUAUGGAUCCCAAAGACAAUACCAUCGCUAUUGAUCUGCCACUCGCCGACUGCAAACCAAUUCAUAACGAGUCCUAUCCAUGGCUUAAAGAUGUUAUCAAAUAUACUUUGGGUCCAAAUGUGAGCGAAGAGUCUAUAGUCUCGUCGGAAUUGUCAACAGAUACUAAAUAUUUAUUAUUAAGAUUGAGAGACGGUUCAGAUUGUGAGAGUUUAUUAUAUAAAGUAUCGCCCGAUUAUAUAAAGUUAGUGAAUGUGGACACAAACCAAUUGGUAAACGGAAUUAUUGUCACUCAUAAGGCAGACGCGAAACAAAGCCCACAUUUCUAUUGCCGAUUCUUCGCACCCAAUAUGGGUAUAACUGAAGACCCGGUGACCGGUUCGGCGUAUACUGUGUUAAUGCCUUAUUGGAGGCGAGAAUUGACUGAUACUGAAGAACUCACUGCUAAACAGUGUUCCCAAAGAGGAGGUACUCUUGUUUGUAAAAUAGUUGGACAGAGAGUUCACGUAAAAGGAAGCGCUAAUAUUGUUCAAUUGGGCCGAAAGGCCCGAUCACUAGAGAUCGUAUUCUUAUGGACACUUAUUCAAAUGGAGUUUCCCCUCUAUAUCGUCGAUGCCUUCACUCUAAACGAGCGGCCAUUCACUGGAAAUGCGGCCGCAGUUUGUAUUUUGCAAUUUGAUGAUGACAUAACCGAUGAAAUCAAACAAAAAAUUGCAUCCGAAAUGAAUAUCAGCGAAACGGCAUUUGUUGCCAAAGCGUGGACUAAAAAUACAUCAGUGGAAACAAAUAGCUAUACACUGCGAUGGUUUACACCAACGAACGAGGUUGACCUCUGCGGACACGCCACUUUGGCCACAGCGAGGGUUGUUUACGAUAGAGACCUCAACAACUCGUCCAAUACUACCAUUAAGUUUGAAACUAAAUACAAAGGAAUACUCGAAGCGAUUGUCAAUAAGAGUGAAAAUACAAUCACUCUUGACUUCCCUGUCAAUGAUUGUAAACCACUUGAUGUCAGUACUAAUUCAUGGAUUUCGGAUAUUAUAACGCAUACAUUGGGACCCAAUUUAGGGGGUGAUGUGAUUCGAGGAGUAGAGUAUUCGAGGCGUCUUAGGCUACUAUAUUAUGCAUUUCAUCAAGGGUUAGGUUCGCUUGAGAAUUUUUAUCUAUGUUUGCCAAACACAGCUCCUCAAACUGUGACACAAAAGGCAGAGAGCGUUCACUUCUUGUCCCGAUAUUUUAGUCCCUGGAAUGUAGUUCCCAAUCCAAGCGAACUCUUAAAAAUAGAUACAAACGGUUUGUGUCGAGGAGUUUGUGUGACACAAAAGGCAGAGAGCGUUCACUUCUUGUCCCGAUAUUUUAGUCCCUGGAAUGGUAUCAACGAAGACCCGGUCAACGGCUCAUCCCAUACAGUGUUGACCCCCUAUUGGCACAGAGAGUACCGCAAGAGUGGCGUUGGAUUGAAACAAAUUAUUGGCAGACAAUGUUCUUCAAGAGGAGGAACUAUUGUCUGCGAACUAUCGGGAGAAAGGGUUAAAUUAAGUGGAAGUACAAGAACUGUUGUCUCAGGUGUGCUCACACUC